CAACAGGAUAGGGGUGUUUGUGUGUGUGUGUGUGUGUGUGUUUGUGAGUUUGUGUGUGUUUAUGUGUGUGUGUGUGUGUGGAGGGGGGUGAUUGAGAUACACGCCAACUGCACUCUCCUGUGCCUCGAGAGAGAGACGGAGAGGGGAGGAGGGACAAAGAGGAACGAAAGCUGGUGUGGGAGCACAGAGGCUGAAGAGCAUGUCGCUGCCCCUGGAGUUAGGCCCCUACCACCGGGACCAGGCCAUGAACACGCUGGAGAGGCAGCUCAUCUGCCCCAUAUGCCUGGAGGUCUUCACCAAGCCAGUGGUCAUCCUGCCCUGCCAGCACAACCUCUGCCGCAAGUGUGCCAACGAGCUCUACCAGCCGUCACUGUUUCAGGUCGGUACCGGUGGACGCUUCCGCUGUCCCUCCUGUCGGCACGAAGUGGUUCUGGAUCGACACGGCGUGUACGGGCUACAGCGCAACUUACUGGUGGAGAACAUCAUUGACGUUUACAAGCAGGAAUCUGCUAGUUCCCGGCCCCUGCCAAAAGUUCCCGUGCAGCUGACCUGUGAGGAACACGAGGGUGAGAAAGUCAACAUCUACUGCAUCUCCUGCAAUGUUCCCACCUGCUCGCUCUGCAAGGUGUUUGGAGCCCACAGGUCCUGUCAGGUAGCCCCUCUGCCAGAGGUCUACCAGCAACAGAAGGCAGAGCUCAGUGGUGGGAUUGACUCACUGGUGGCCAGAAAUGACCAAGUCCAAGCUUCCAUCAGUGAACUGGAGGAGAUCUGUCAAAGCAUAGAGGAAAACAGCAAGAUCCAGAAGCAGGCUCUCUGUGAGAAGUUUGAUCGUCUGUCGACCAUCUUAGAAGAGCGCAGGAAGAUCAUGACACAACGCAUCACUUAUGAACAGGAUGAUAAGACAAACCACACUCAGUCUCUGGUGCGCACCUAUGGAGAGCAGGUGGGCUCUAACUCGAAGCUGGUGGAGAAUGCCCUGCACACCAUGGAGGAGCCUGAAAUGGCUGCCUUUGUUCAGAAUGCAAAGAUUCUCAUCGAGAAAGUCAAUGAGGCAGCCAAUACCAUUGUUGUGGAAUCCCUUGAGCCUGGUUAUGAAAACAUGGACCACUACAAGGUGAAUUUCAAUGCAGAGGAGAGGGCUCUUUACCAGCUUGACUUCAUCAAGAUUGAAGAGGAAGUUGAGGAGGUCCUGGAAGAGCAAGAGCCUGAGGAAGAACCUGAACCCAUUCCAGAACCGGAGACUGAACUGGACCCAGAGCAAGAACCAGAGCCUGAAGCUGAGCCUGAAGCCGGCCCUCAUGCUCCCAUGUUGGAUCUUCUCCCCGAGACAGAGGACUCUGAGCCAGUGCUGGAGCUGAAAACUGAAACGUGGGACGUCAAGGACUCAGAAGAGGGGGAUAGGGAGGAGAUUCGGGGACAGGCAGAAGGAUGCUCUGACCCCAAAAUCUUGGACCUUUGUAAACAAGAGGGGAUAAGCAUCCAGCAGGACGAGCGGGAGCAUGAUGCAGGUGACUUGGGAACCCAGAGCUUGCUGGCAGGGGCUAACGAAGACACAAAGCUCUACCCCGGCUGGUACAAAGCCAACAGCUGGCAGGUGGCCGGUCCUAGUGUGUCCCUGUCCAGUGACUCACUGCAGGUGCCGGACUGUCUUCCCCAUGUAGUAAGGGACUCCUCACCCCCGACUCCACCACAGUCCCAAUUCCAGCAGUCCUUCCCACUUCCUGCGUGGAUGGGAAGUGGUUUUAUCCCCAUGGCCCCAGAAAACCCAACCAGUCAUUUUGGGAGGGUUUCUUCAGAGACCGCUCCAGGGUUCCUCCAUCAGACAGGGGAUGGAGACUCCGAUGUAGGCCAGCAUUCUGCCAACCAUAGCAGUAUGAUUGCCAUCUCUCCACAGUCUCUAGCCCCAGUAUACCCUGCACAGCCCAGACCCAGCCUCCCUGGCAGCGGUGACUCUACACGCCUCAGCUUCUCAUUCUCCUGGCUGAACGCUCUCUCCAAAAAGGCAAAGCAGUGAGGACUUUGUGUCAAGCAAUGCCUAUCGCACUACCAUCCACAAAGGGCAAACUAUAAAUGAAAGAAGACCUGUUGGUGAUGGACUGCUUUGCUGAUUCCAGCCAGGACAUGUGCUGAAGAAGGCUCGUCUGUAUUGGAUUUUCUUCUGAUAAAAGUGCUACAGACAGAUUACAAUUUUCCGUCAAUAAUGAAUUUUUAAAUUCUUUCGAAUUGACCUUGGAAAAACUGACGUAUUUGAGUUGACAGUGACAUUUACUAUUAUUGAGUAGCCUACAGAUUCAGACACCUUCCCUGAAAAUAAUUAUUUGAUUGCUGUGUUCGAUAUGUCUUAAUGUUUCUGAGCUAUGGCUACUCUAUGCCUCGGUUUAGUUGCUGUUUGAGCCACAGUAUUUUUUCCCCCCAGUAGUUUUAGAGACAUACGGCCUAGUUUAUAAUUAAUGGUUACCUUGGACACAUUUUUUCUGACUUUCAUUGAUGAUUUUAUGUCUACCAGUAGGCUACAAGAUGUUGGAAGUGUGAUGUCCUUCAGUGAUUGUAGAAUAAAGGGCAUGAAACUUG